AUGCCCUCCAUACAUGAGUCAUUCUUCUCUUAUAAUGUUACCCGGCCUUACCCUUAUCGUUGGUUUACGCCGGUUGCUGUGCUCGGAGGGGUGACAUUCGCGGCCUUGUUCAGCCUCCUCAACUUCGCCGCCAAUGGCUAUGAUCUAGUGGUGCAAAUAUCGACUGAUCCUAACUCCACCAUGUCUAGUGCCGGAUGGCUAGGUCGCUGGCCUUCUUACUUCACGGAUAAGGUGCGGCCAACCUGCCAGCCUGCGACCGUACCUGUCGGCAGCCAGAUGUUUACGAAUCAGACUUCGUUGACCUAUACCUUGACAGCCGUCUGGCAGCUAUCGGAUGGAACGAAUAGUACUGCUUUGCCUUCAAUGUCCUAUUUCAACAACGUUCUCGAAAACUGCACGGUGACAGCAAUUGAAAUAAAUCUUGAGGCUCUUGAUCGGACGGCAUCCCAGUUCGGAUUCUCUGAAUGGGGCGCUGUAGUUCAAACUUACGUCUUAUGUGGCUUCUAUACUCCAAGUGGACUCAUACAAUUCAACUUGACCCAAGCAUAUGACUAUAUACCAGCGGCUAUGUCCUGGUCACACCUGUAUACGUUCCUCGGUACCAACUUUUUGGGAAGAGACAAAAGCACUCGGGCGAGCCUGUGGUGGGGAGAGUCUGUACUUUCAAAUUAUUACGUCUACCUCACGCGAACGAUGCAAGAUAUUCGGGCUAAUGCCACACAUAACGACGAGCCUGGAAUCCGUAAAGGAACCAUCUACAUGACCCCAGGCAAUAGCAUCGCCAGGGACAUCAAGAGUCUACAGUUCUUCAACAUCGACUAUCGCUUCAUAGUCGACCUUGGCUAUGGAAAUUUUGAGGUUUUAUCUCCAGGGGAAGAUCCCAGUGUCUCCAAGCUAGAUCAAGGCCGAGUGUAUCCAGACGUAUGGAUCAUAGCCGAUAGCCUAGCCAAAUCUGCAUACUCGACUGUAUUGACGGACCUGGGACAAAUCGCGGCCGGGCCGAAUCUUCUCACCAACGCCGACGACCUGGAAUAUUUCUCCAGAAACUUCUCGACAAUCCAGCGGCAUAAGGCCAAUGCGGACCCUGGCCCAGAGGUCGACAUGUAUUACGGCACUGCAAAGAAUGGGACGGGUCCCUUGGGAACAACUCCGAGCGUUAUUAGCCUGGGUUAUAUCUGCCAAGUCCCUCGACUGAAGUCGACCGGUAACCUUCUAGUGUCUAUCCUGGUGGCGGAUCUAGUGUUCCUACAAGCAGCUUGGCGGCUGUUCAAGCUUGCUACGGACACUUACCUGUUCAAGUCCAGACCGGAAUCGAAUCAAUGUAAGGUUGAAGAGGCUCAUGCUGAGCUUGAUAAAGCGGAUGGUGUCACGUCUAGCGGUUUCAACCUAGAGUCAAACAUCCUCUGA